AUGCUCGUCACAGUAGCUACUGCUCUCCUGGCCCUAAGCGGCACUCUUGUCAGCGCCCACGGUUCGCACUCGAAUGACCAGCCACCCUCCUCCGACUGGGCAACACGGCAUAUGCAGGAGGAACAUCACAUCGAUGCCUUCGAUCCCGCCUCCUUCUUCUCCCUCCACGAUUACGAUGCCUCGGGAGUCUGGACCCCCGAAGAAGUGCGCAAGACAUACGGCAUGGACGACGAGUCCAACGCGGGAGUGACAGAGGAUAGCAAAUCGCAAGGCCUCCGCGAAGUCUUCAGCAUCUUUGAUCCCACCAACACGGGCGUCAUCAGUCGCGAUAACUGGAUGCGCCUCAUUGCGGACGGAGCCCGGCUCCCUGAUCUCGGACUCGGACCGGGCCAUCAUGGUGACAUCGAAUACGAAUAUGAGAUCCACCACUUCGAAAAGUUCCACGGUGAAGAUGCAAAGGAGGAGGACCUCACUCACCCCGAGGAUAUCGAACACUUCCGCAGACAUGAUGAGGAGGAUCUUGCCAUGGAGCGCCUCGAACAGCUCGAGAGUAUGCAGAUCGUGGAGGCGAACAUACCCCAAAAGUUCCUCAAGCGGAGCUGA